AUGAGUGAUAUUUUGAAAGCUAAAGGUAAUGAAGCGUUUAGUUCAAAGGACUACACAGUUGCUGCUGAACUAUACGGUCAUGCUAUCACCCUGAACCCAGCAGAUGCUGUUCUUUAUUCAAACAAAGCUAUGGCAUUGAUCAAAUUAUCAAGUUGGAAAGAAUGUGUUGAAACUUGUGAUACAGGUCUAUCGAAUUCACCAGAUAAAAAAACUAAAUUGAAGUUAUUUUGGAGAAGAGGUAUAGCAUACACUCAAUUAAAUGAUUUUAAAAAUGCAAGAGAUUCUUAUGAACAAGCAUUACACAAUGAAGCUAAUAAUUCAAGUGUUUUGAAAUCAAUUGAUGAAUUAAAUGCCCAAGAAUCACAAUUCAAAAGAAGUCACAGUAUAGAAGAAAUUAAAUCUGAAAAGAAACCUAAAAAAGAUAACGGACUGAAGAAUAUACCCAUCUACGAAGUUGAUCAGUUACCAGAAGAGUUUAGAGAUUCAAGUUCUAAACCAUCAAAAAAAUCAACAACAACAAAGCAAACUACACAACCUCAACCAGUUCAAUCUCAAAUACAAGUGAAUCCACACAGUGCUCAAAUACCUGUCUCCACAAAUAUUUUAAGUAAACCAUCAAACUAUCCUGAAAAACCAACAAUUCAUCAAUUACUUACAAUUUCCAAAUGUAGUGUUGAUGAAAGACCAUUUGCAUAUCGUUAUUUAUCAUCACUAUCACCAGAAGUUUACAAAGCUAUAUUUUCAGGUGGUAGUAUAGAAUCAUCAAUUGUUAACUUUAUUCUUGAUUCUAUAAUUUUCUCUAUAGAUGCUGGUUGUAUUACAUGGGAUUACAUUGUAUCUUUGUUAAAUACUUUAUCCUCUGCACCAAGAUUUUCUUUAAUAAGUAUGUUUUGUGAUAAACAAAAACUUUUCAAGAUAAAAGAAGGACUAGUCACUCUUGAUGCAGCUGCCAACAUAAAGUCCAAAGAGGUAUUACAAAAAUGGAAUAUUUAA